GGGAAACCAAUGAAAACCAUGCUGGUGGUGGCUCUCCUUGUCAGUAUCCAGGCCCUCCUCAACCUUAACCCCAAGGUGGAUUUUUCCUCAAAAGCUCAAGUAUUUUGUAGGCUUCCUGGAAAACUCUUUCUAGCAGAUUCUGAAGGAGGCUCAAGAAGAAAGGCACACAUCUCAACUCUCCUGGAUUUGUUAGGCACCUCACGACACCCAUGUGAGGGAGAUAGUACUCAUCUCCGUUCCACAGUUGAGAAAACUGAGGCUUAGAGAUAAAGUGUGUUUAUCUGGCCCAAGGCUCAUCUGACCCCAAAACGCAGACACUUUCUUGUCCCCCAUCAGGACACGUAAUGAUGAGUCUGUCAGAAAUGGCAAGAUCAGACCCUGGUUUCCUAUUAGAAAUGCAGAAUCUCUGGUUCCAGACUAUUAAAUCAGGACAUGCAUUUUGACAAGACCUCCAGGGAAUUCAUAUGUGUGUUAGAAUUUGGGAAGCACUGGUUUCAAGCCAAAGAACCACCUGGAAAGUGGCCCAGAUUCAUGGGGCCCCGCCCUCUGAGAUGCUGGUUCGUAGGUCUCGAGUAGGAUCUGAGAAUUUGCGGGUGAUGCUGAUGAUGCCAAUGGUGGGGGACCACACGUUGAAACCACCGCCCUGGGGCCAAUCCCAGGGCAGCGAGCUGAGCUGAGCUGAGCUGGAAACCACUUCGCUGAGCUGGAUCGUGUUGCUCUAUUCCCUUCCCUGCAGGUGUGCCUAUGCCAAGAUGAGGUCACAGAUGAUUACAUUGGAGAAAAUACCACGGUGGACUACACGCUGUAUGAGUCCAUAUGCUUCAAGAAAGACGUGCGGAACUUUAAAGCUUGGUUCCUGCCAGUCAUGUACUCCAUCAUUUGUUUCAUGGGUCUGCUGGGCAACGGGCUGGUCGUGCUGACCUACAUCUACUUCAAGAGGCUCAAAACCAUGACCGAUACCUACCUGCUCAACUUGGCCAUGGCGGACAUCCUCUUCCUCCUGACCCUUCCUUUCUGGGCAUACAGCGCGGCCAAGUCCUGGGCCUUCGGCAUCCACAUUUGCAAGAUCAUCUUUGGCAUCUACAAGAUAAGCUUCUUCAGUGGCAUGCUGCUGCUUCUUUGUAUCAGCAUUGACCGCUAUGUGGCCAUCGUCCAGGCCGUCUCGGCCCACCGACACCGUGCCCGCGUCCUUUUCAUCAGCAAGCUCUCCUGUGUGGGCAUCUGGAUGCUGGCCAUGGUGCUGUCCACCCCAGAGCUGCUGUACAGCGGCCUCCAGAAGAGUAGCAGCGAUCACGCGCUGCGGUGCUCUCUCAAUCCUGAGCACGUGGAAGCACUGAUCACCGUCCAGGUGGCCCAGAUGGUGGUGGGCUUCCUCAUCCCCCUAGGGGCCAUGAGCUUCUGCUACCUUGUCAUCAUCCGCACCCUGCUCCAGGCACGCAACUUUGAGCGCAACAAAGCCAUCAAAGUCAUCAUCGCUGUGGUUGUGGUCUUCAUAGUCUUCCAGCUGCCCUACAAUGGGGUGGUCCUGGCCCAGACGGUGGCCAACUUCAAUAUCACCGGCAGCGGCAGCUGUGAGCUCAGCAAGCAGCUCGACAUCGCCUACGACAUCACGUACAGCCUGGCCUGCGUCCGCUGCUGCGUCAACCCUUUCUUAUACGCCUUCAUUGGCGUCAAGUUCAGAAGCGAUCUCUUCAAGCUCUUCAAGGACUUGGGCUGCCUGAGCCAGGAGCGGCUUCGUCAGUGGUCUUCCUGCCGCCACACCCGGCGCUCCUCCAUGAGUGUGGAGGCCGAGACCACCACCACCUUCUCCCCGUAGGAGGCUCCUCCGCCAGGACUAGACGGACCUCUCCCGGGGCCCCUGGGCUGGGGACAGGGAGCAGAUGACUCAGGCUCCAAAAACUGCAGAGGGAAAAGCAGUCCUGGCUGUUAAGUUUAUCUCAUGGAGAAAGCCUGUGCCACAGCCCGGGCUUCAUCCCGGCCCUAGCUACCUCCACCAAGGUUGCAAAGAGUUGUGGCCAAGUGAGCCACACCAAAUCCUGCAAUGCUCCCAAACCAACGCUGUUGUCUCCCAAACCAAAACCCCGCAGUGGACGUCAGAAUAAAGUCCACACUCUCGGGGUCAACAGAUAGUUGGUGACAGGUAGGCUGGUGGAGGGGCCUGGCGGGUCCUCUGAAGGAAACUCCUUCCGACCUAGAAUGACAUUCUCCCUGAGAUUCGAGGGCUGAGCCACGUCUUCCAGAAAUCAAGGCUUUGUCUCCAAGACCAGAGAUGGUGGGGAGGCUUGGCAUGGCAGCGAGUGGGGAUGCCAAUGGGCCAAACUCCGACUUCCUGCCUCCAUCUCUUUUUCUACUGUCAUUCGAGCCAGCAAGAAAUGGGAGCCUCUAGGCCUCCCCGAAAGUGCACUUGCCCCUCGCCUGCCACCUCUCAUCAGGCUGCUGCCCUCCCAGGCUCUCCUCAGGGAGGGGUGUGGUGUUUCCUGCAGGUCAAGCCAGCUGCCUCUGCCUGGCCAAAGCCAUGCUCCCAGCCAGGACUCUGGGGCAAGGAUGAUGUGGAGCCAGCCCUUCUCGGGUCUCAGCUCUGUUCGGAUGGAGGAGAGUACAGGGAGAGAGGUUAGGGGCCAGGGGGUGGGGACCGUGCUGGCUGCCAAAGACCAAUGAGCUGCUUUUUGUUCUUAGUCGUGGGGACAAAAACACUCUCAUCCUGUCCAGCAUGGUUUACUCAUAUACGAAUACAAGUUUUCCCUUGAGGAAUCAACAGCUUUAAAAGAAAGGGGGAAUUUUUUUGAUAAAUGACAAAUGGGUAUGUUCCUGUUGUGCAAACUCCCACUUCUCUCUUUUCCCUAGUCUUCAUUUCUCAGAGAUGCUCAGAGCCACGAGGUCUGCCGAACUAUGUCCCGAACACAUCCAAUGACGCAAGCCCAAGAGGCUAAAAGAGGCAGGGGGAGGGGAAGCACAUGGUGCCCAUCUGGCAAAUGUCCUUCCAGAGCUCGUGGGCAAGGACCCAAGCCUGUGCCAUCAACAGUGACCCAGACACACCAGUCUGAGCUGAGCUCUGGAAAGAACCAAGUCGUCGAGCUCUGGAAAGAGUUGUCGAGCUCUGGAAAGGACCAAGCCUGCAACCUCAAUGGCUGGGGAGCUCUCCCUGACCUUUAGCAACAUUCACACACCGGUCUGCUCAUCUUUCCAGGCUCGGUCUGAACCAGAGCCCCUGACCCUUUGUCAGUCUUUUCAAGCUCCCCCAAAGUGGUGUUUUGAGGGAGGGCCUCCCCCCUGGGCUCAGAGACCACAGCAUGCUGGAUUAAGGAGGGUUGGGAUGAGACCCAUAUGACAGGCUGCACCCUUUGCUGGAUGCUUGAAAGCCAAGUUCACCCAUGUCCCUCCCUACUGACCAUUGUUGCCGCAAUAGCCAAUGUAUGGUUACCAACCAUGGAGGGGUGGGAAUCUAGAAACAGCCACCAUGCUCCACAUAUAUCCAUGUCCCUGAGUGCCCUGAUGCCUGCCCCAGGACCUGAUCCCUCAAAGCUCGAGAGGAAGUUAGCUCAUGCUGUGACAUAUGAGGAGGGGUCUGAAGGGACGUGCAAAGCAAUAGCUUGGGGCCUGAUGGGGAGAGGGGGGAUGACACAUGCAAAGGUGAUUCCAUCAAUUUUCCAAAGAGAAAAGAGCCUGCCUGGUAAUGAAGCCCAUUGUCUAAUUUCACAAGCACAUUACAUUACCCUCCUCCACAGGAUGCCCUGGGCACGGUUUGUCAGCCGGCCUCCACGCCAGGACCCGACGCCCUGGGAAAAAGGAACCCAGCACGGGCGCAGUCAGCCUGGGGCAGUGCACACCACAGCAGCAUUAAAUUUUAAAAGGUGCAGCUGCCGACGCGUGUGCACGAGUGUGGGGAGAGAGGAGGGACCCCAUAGUGUCUGUGGGACCCCAAGAGGAGCAUGAAGCCCACCAGUGUGUACAUCCUAGUGAGGGUACAGGCAGGAAACUGAGCCUCAGAUCCUGAAGGGAGAAAUGUAAAGGAAUGGUCACGACCAGGAAGCCAGGCCAACCGCACAAACACACCACCUCGGCUUCAAAUACGUUUUUCUAAAAUAACUGGACAUCUCCAAGUAUUUACAAAGACAACAAAAUCCCGGCAGUGUUAAUUCCCCAAACUGCUUGCUCUCUCUUGGCUCACUGCUGGCCUGACCCCUGUUUCCUGCCCAGCGCCCUCACAUGCCUACCCUGAAUUUGGGGGGACACCUAGGAAGGUGGAAUAGACUCACUGGGGAGCACCUCCCCAAGAGCUUCUCUCACUUCUCUCUCAUCUGCCUCAUAUAACUGCCCCAUCUUCCUGGGUUUAUGACCCCCACAGUUCCUCCCCGUCUCCUGCAGCCUCCCCCUUCUUUCCAGCCCCAGCAACUUGCCCCCCAGCCUCCCUGGCUGCAACCCCAGGCCACAAAUCUGCCCUUCCAGCCAGAAGCACCGCCCCUCUAGAAUCAUGUAUUCACAGAGCUACAAGGGGCCUACAAGCUGUUCCAAGCCCCAGUCAUUCUCUAGAUGGGGAAAUUGAGGCCCAGAGGAAGGAACUGACUACUUAACCAGACACUGCAAUGUAAAGAUACCGGAUAAACUUUCUUCAGGCGCCUGAGAACCUGGCAAGAUUGUGGAGGCGGAUGGGGGAGAGCAGAGGCUCUGGAGACUGGCUGACUGUGAACCUCAACUCUAUUGCUUCCCAGCUGUGUGACCUUCAACUGUUGCUCAACUGCUCUGAGUCUCAAAUUUCUCAACUGCGAAGUGGAAAGGAUCUGGCACACGUUUAGCGUGGUGCCUGGAAUGCUGCAUGUGGUGGUGAGGGGCCCAGGCUCUGUGGCCAGACUGGCUCGUAUCUCAGCUGCGCUGCGGGUUUUAGUCUCUCUGUGCCUCGGUUUCCUAAUCCAUGUGAUGGGAAAAAAUCAUUGCACCUACCUCCUAGGAUUGUCAUGAGGAGCAAAUAAAAUCUAUACAUGUAAAA